UCUCCACGUUUCAAUCGAUAUCCCAACGGAGGGAAAACGUUAUUCAGAAUUGACAGAGAUAUUAAUACACAGAUGUGGUUUAGUCUGCAACCGACGCUGACUGCAGUGAAUUCUUCCAAACACUGGACCAAGUACCUGGACGAGAUGAUCGAGUUCAGCGAUGACAGAAAUUAUUUCAUCAUCGAUCAGGUGGAAAGGAUGAUGAGAGAACGAUGGAGGAUAAUUAGAUGUACAACCAAGUACGGAUGGCUCGUGGCUUAUUACCAAGGAUCAAAAAUAUCUCAGGAGCGGAUGAAAAUAUUGAUUAAUCUCGCCAACAAAAUUGGCCAGAGAAAUUGUGAAGUAGCUGUUGCUAGAAUUCGCAAAUUAUCCUAUGGAAUUCAUCCAAAUCAAAUUCCAAUUGUAGCUGAGGCCAUUCUCAACGAGAUAUACACAAUCCUGAUCUUGAAGCAAAGGAGGGAGUUUCGAUGGGAAAUGAAACGCCUGAUACCAAAACCACCGACAGUGUUUACAAUCUCCAACGAUAUAUUUUGAAAGCGAUUAAUACAUUCGAUUGACGAUGACUCAAGAGUCCCCUCGCUAAAUAUGUAUAGAUGAAAAUAAAAUGAAAGUAAUGAAUUUUUACAUCUCUCAGUGGGAUAAAAACAGACGUAAAAAAAAAUAAAAUCUCCAUGAUCUUCCAAAGAGAAAAUGAAAACAAUUAACUCAUGGCUUUAUCCCCAAAACAAUGCAUACAAAGAAUAAAAAAAAUGUAAUGUUGAAUGCAGUAAAGUAAAAUAGAUUUUUUUAGGCACUCAGGAUCGCAAUAAACAUGUACAAUGAAUUUAUGUGUACGUAGGUAUUAAAAAUACACACUCUUAGAUAAAAAGAAUUCGACUCUAGUCAAACAUUUUACGCAAUGAAUUGUGUAACAAAUCUCAUUGGCCUAUCCAUUAUUGAAUAUUGUCACACACGAAAUGAAUAAUGUAUACUGGUAACUGAUUAUCAUAUCCCGUGGAUUCAGUUCAUAAUUAUGUAAAAAGUUUCAUUGAAAAAAGAAACACUAGCUGACUAUUUGAUUCAAUUUCGCCAAUAGUGUGGUCCCAUAAUUUUAAAUAAAGUCUACAAUCUCCUAUUGUGCAUCGAACAUUAUUAGAAUUCCUGCUGUUUCAUU